CAAACGUUCUCUCACAGAACGUUCCACGGAAGUGAUCCGUCAUCUUUCCUAGUAAUUUUCGGGUAGAAGCGGUUUUAUGAGUAAUUGCAAUUUGAACUUGUGAUAGUUUUUGAAGUUUAACAUUCGCGUCUUAUCGUUCGCGGUGCGUUUUUUGAAAAUCUCGAAGUAUCACUUCCGUACAGUUAAUUUGGUUUUAUUUUGAUUUGCGUUGUGGUUUGAAGUUUUGAAGGAGGCCAUCUUUGCAAUCACCUAUCAAAGGUCCUUGGCUCGCAGAAUCGUUUGUCUGGUGAAAAACCAGUGUCUAUAACACAUAAAUCAUCAAAUGGCUUUAAAAAGAAUUAACAAGGAAUUACAAGACCUCGGCAGAGACCCUCCAGCACAAUGUUCGGCAGGACCAGUCGGAGACGAUCUAUUUCAUUGGCAAGCCACAAUAAUGGGACCACCUGACAGUCCAUACCAAGGCGGAGUAUUUUUUUUAACAAUUCACUUUCCCACAGACUAUCCGUUUAAACCACCUAAAGUGGCAUUUACUACUAGAAUUUAUCAUCCAAAUAUAAACAGUAAUGGUAGUAUUUGUCUCGAUAUUUUACGUUCACAGUGGUCACCAGCACUGACUAUUUCAAAAGUACUGCUAUCAAUCUGUUCACUAUUGUGUGAUCCAAAUCCAGAUGAUCCACUUGUCCCAGAAAUUGCUAGGAUAUAUAAAACUGAUCGGGAAAAGUACAACGAGCUCGCACGUGAGUGGACCCGCAAAUAUGCUAUGUGAUGACCCGGCCCUCAUCAAUUACUCCACACUUAGAAAUGAAAACUAUUUAAUUCAACAACACGUGGAAGGGAAGCUGCCAAGCAGCACUAGUGUUUAUUUCCAACUGUGUAUAUUUACUUUCAAACUGUUUCCUUCCUCCUCACCUUCUACCACAAUAUGCUUGGUGGUUUUUUAAAUGUUCAAUUUAUAUCAAAUUGUAAUUAAGAAGUUUCAUGAUUUCGUCUCUAUUAUUUAAUAUAUUGUGGUUGUAAGGACCAGUGUUGAAUUUCGUUUUUUUUUCCCACUUGCACUUGACACGGAACUAUUUGGAGCGUAGAAGUCGCUUGCUAAUUAUCUACUAGUUGUUCUAAGUGUGUAAGCGUCUCUCUGCUCCGUCCAUCAGCGGGUCCCGGACUUUCAAUGGCAUUGUGUGUUCGACACACUCAUGUACUAAUUGUAAUUGUUAGAUAAAUUUGUAGGUUUUGUGGUUCAGCUAGGUGUAAUAUAAUUAAUAAAUAAUUUCAAUAU